UUGGCCGAUUGCGAUUGCCAAAAGCAUGGAACACUCAGACACACCAAUUGCGCUGGUUGCUGGAGCUGGCAUCGAGGAUUUUGAGAGUGCAAACACAAUCACCAGAUGGCUAAUGUCGCAACCGGAAGAGUCUCGGUCCCGGGCAGGACUGCUCAAGAGCUCUUCCAGAAGCUGCUGCGGGAAGCCUCGCAGUCGCGACAGUAUCAUGGGAAUGGUCAUGCUUGCGUCAAGCUCUGCAGCUUUGUCCAACAGUGUGCCAAGUCGAGCGACGACGCCUUGAAGCGAUGGGCCUUCACUGAGUCUCUCUCAAGGGAGCUGUUCCACUUCUACCUGGAGUGGUACGAACAUGACCCCCACCGUGCGUUGCGGCUGGUGCUGGAUGUGCUUGUGAUGUCCGCGGCCUCGAACCCGGAUUCUGAGACUGGCAGGCUCGUGAAGGAGCACAUUUUGGAGACCCUAAUCUCCAUCGUGGCGCGGAAAUCCUCGAGGCAGCUGACGAAGUCAGGACUGCAGUGCCUUGACUACUUGCUGAACAAGCGGGUGGUUGACCUCAACGAUAUCUUGCUAAUAUACAAAGAAGUGGAACCUGCAGUGGCGGCUCUGCCCAGCCUCUCGAUAUGGAGAUCAUUUGUCUCCCAGCUAUUCUCGUGGAUGGAGCUUACAUAUGUCUGCCCACUGGCUGGAAAGUGCCUUGUUCACAUUUUCCGGGGUUUGGGUAAAGCGGAAUCGGAAGGCUUCACUAUCGAGCUUUGGCGGGACUGGCUCCAGGAGGCUUUGGUCCAAAAUCCUGCCAUCCUAGAAGACAUGAAGAACUAUGUCCUAGCGCCCACUUUUAAGACAGACAGGAAUACAUCCCUGCUGCUUCUGGAACUUUUCAAUAGGGCCCAACCUUUGACAGUGAUCAAUCACGAAUCAGCCGACCAAAGCCUCUUGCUUCAAUUAGCUACGCUCGAACUUGGGAAGAAGUACGGAUUGGUCGAGGAACCUACUAAUGAAAGCGGCUUACCUCAAAAGUCGACCGCCGUCAUUGCCCUACAAGAGUCCAUCUUGAACAGGCUCCUUGCACACCCUUCAGUAUCCGUCAGGUCCAGCGCCUUCUCAUUGCUAGUCUCCUCUCAGGCAACAACGAAACCGUUCUCUGAGGUCUCUUUCAGCCUGCUAAAGAGUCACCUCGCAGCGUUCCACUCUGACUACGACGCCAGGAUCCGUAACGAGGUACUUGGCCAUACAAAGAACCUGGUCAAGCGUGUCAAGAAUGUCAUUACUGUUGCUCAGAGGAAUGUCUCCGGGCCUCUCAGCAGGCAGAGCCAACAACCCCCUGGAGCUGGGGCUCGCUCGCAUGGCAAGAACAGCACUCUUGGUCCCGAGGUUUGGUUGAGGAAUGCUUCCGAGGCAAGACAUGUCCUUGACACCCACGAAGCCUUUCUGGCAUGGUAUCUGGAUUUUCUGAAGCACGAGCUUCUGCCUACCGCCUCGUACCAGCGGCACAUUACCGCCGUGAAAGCCGCACUGCUGGUCAUAAGGACUGGGAAACAUGCAGGCGUCACGGAUGAUACGGUGGAUGAAGACAUUGCCCAGUCGAUAUCGUCCGACAACACUUGGAUCCGGCUUCUCCUUAAUCUCUUGUUGGACCCAUUUGAUGAUGUUAGAGACAGCGCGUCGGUGCUCUUGACGUUGCUUCAACCGAAACCGGUGGAAGCUGACGGAGAUCCCAAACCAACCUCUGAAACUCUGCUCGGGGAGCUCCGAGAGUUCUGUACCAGAGCUAGCAAGUUGGCAGAUCGAACCGGGCGAGCUGACCACGGCGAUGGCGCUGCUCGUUCUCAGGGUCUACUGUGCAGUUGGCUACCCAGCCAAGACUCACAGAUUGCCCUCUUGUCAGACAUUCUCACACGGCUCGAGUACAAGAUUUCAACAGCAGAGCGGGACCUGGGACAUGCAGCCAUCGAAAGCCCAGUACAUGCAGAUUUUGCGGCUUUAAGCCAUGUCUGGCAGGUUCUAGCCAAAAGGACUUACCCUGCCCACCAGCUGGAAGCUCUCCAGCAGCUCCAGCGCAAGGUUUUCGCCUGCUCCAAGCGCAUAUGGCUGACUGUGAAACAUGUUCUUUGCGAUGACUCCCCGGAGGGGCAUCUACCGGGGGAGUUGGAAGACAUUGAGGGAUUAGAUACUAAGGAUCUUCUGAGCUUCAGCUUCCGGGCGGUUCAUGAAUCCAGCAAUGUUUUGCGUUUGAUGAUGAGUUCAUUGCGACUCAAGAAUGCACCAGGCGUUCCGUUUCCGCCAUUCGACGUAUUCAGGGAUACAGGCUACUUGACUUUUGAACAACUUGCCAAUCUGCGGCAUCGUGGUGCUUUUUCCACAGUGUCUCAUACGUUCACAACCUGCUGUCAACUUACCCAGCACCUGAGGAGCAUAUUUCCGAAUACCGUCGAGUCGGAGAGCCUGCUUCGUGGAUGGUACCAGGGGGCAAUCAACUGCAUCUUGACGCAAGCCUCGACAACACGCCGCUCCGCGGGAAUCCCCUCUCUCAUCGCAGCGGUUCUAUCGGCAAAUGCGCAGUCACCAUCCUUCGACGAAGUGUACGGGACUCUCGAAGAAAUUGGCAAAAAGCACGUCCGUGUCUCGGAGACUGACGGGUCGAACCUCCCUCAAGUCCACGCUCUCAAUUCCCUACGGGAGAUUUUCAGGAGCUCGCUCUUGAGUAAGAAGGCUGAAGCCUACCUGGCCAGGACGCUCUUCCUGGCAGCAAACAGCCUACAAUCCGAAGUGUGGGCAAUACGGAACUGUGGCCUUCUUCUGCUUAGAAGUCUUAUCGAUUGCCUGCUCGGCACAGGUGAAAGCAAAGCAACCAUCGAAUCCGGGUGGGAUGGUCAUUCGGUCCGCAUAUCCUACAACAAAUAUCCGACGUUGCCGGGGGUCAUUCUCGGUCUGCUGCAAUCAGCGGAUGCCACUUUGGACCAAGCAGCAGGUUCCGCCGCAGCCGAGGCAGUUUUUCCUGCGCUGGACAUCAUCCGACGUGCCGGCCCCCCUGAGGAGCACCGGGACGAGUUGCGGAAGCGUAUUGAAGGAUACCUUGGCAGCCGCAUCUGGCAUGUUCGAGAGAUAGCCGCGAGGACCUUGUGUUCCUUCCUUAUUCAGGAAGAUUGGGCCGGAGAAAUCGGAAGGCUUCUUGAUGAAUCCGGCAACAGCACAAACAGGCUCCAUGGGAUCCUGCUAACGUUGAGGUUUAUCAUCGAACGGAAAGCGGACUUGGGCGCUGAUGUCAGGUCUGAUUUAACGUCGAUUCAAUCACUCCCCAAACAACUUGGUACAAGGCAAGCGCUAUUCGAGCGUUGCGCAGAACUCAAAGCGGCAUACUUCGAGAUAAUGAAUUUACUCUCCAGAUUGGGAUGUCAUCAACAAGUCACCGAAGACUUACCGGUCAUCCAAGCAGAACCGGGAACUGCAGCUUCGGCUUUACUAAACAUGCAAUUAGCGCUGAGGUUGAUCUACGAUUCUGCGGCACGUGGUGAUCUGGAUGGGCUGAGGACCGGGUUACUGAAGACGCUGGAGAGCGACGUCAACACAGCAAGCAGGAUGCUUGAGGUGAUUCCACAAGCGUGGGGACAGACUGGCAGCGCCAAUGACCGACCUGGACUCUUCAACCUCUAUCUGGAGGUCUGUGAAGUUUCAACGAUACCAGAAAUCCGAGCCCAGGCACUGCUGAACCUCCGAUCGCUGAUGGAUAGUGCCCUUUCCUGUGGCAACGUUGCGGGACUGCCCAGCCCUCAACGACUGGAUCGUUUAUGGGCACGACUACAGAACGGAGACAUCAAUCCUGCUCUGUCAGGGGCGGUAGUGGAAACAAGCGGGGCAAUGAUGGCUGUGUUCGUCUCCUGCGAUUCUGGCAGUGUCUUGGAUCUCGAUCACAGAUCACGAAGUUGGGGAGACAUGAUGAGCGAGUGCUUGGACGUGGAUAACCCUUUUGACACAAGAUAUGCGGCAAUACUGGCGCUUCAGUCUUUCUUCACGGGCCAGAAAACCGAUCACUGGGACGGCAAGUAUCUUCCAGCUCUCUCGGCACUAUACGACGGCCUUGUCGAUGACGACGACGAGAUCAGACAGGUUGCCGCGUGCGCUGCUUCCGGGGUCACAGGUACCUACGCCGAGGCUUCAACGGCAGGCGACGGCCUUGUACAAUGGCUUUGGGAACACUUUGGAGACACUGAAGAGUUCAAAGCACGCGCCGUCUGCAGGAUGGCCGGGCAGCCGUAUGCAGAGCCGCUUCUCCUGACUCCCGCCGAAGACCAAUUCCGCAAGGCGCUGGACUUUGACGACUCCUUGUUCGCCGCCGAGGAGCAGAACCUCUUCAUUGACGAGGUUAGGGAGACCAGGAGAUGGCAACGGGCCUACGAGAUGCUCAAUCCCUCGGACAAUCAGCCGGCAUUUGACUGUCUAAGCCGUUGGGUGGAAGCGGGUCUAAGCUACCUCGUUGGGCUUACGCAGAAGGAAGACGGUCCACUUGGCUGGACGUCUGACCAACAUGUGUUCGCGGUGUGCGCUCGCGUCCUUCUCUGUGCUGUGACGGUGGCCAAAUUCGGAAAGGGCGGUGGGAUUAUGGGGCUCCUGAAGGAAUUUGUGGCGCUGGGAGAGACUAGGAAGAUUCAUGGAUCUCUGUUGGAUAUGGCGAGAUGUUGACGCCCGACAUUAGGGGACAUGGCAUGACCCUGAUUCUCGUUGAUCAACUGGAGCCCCUUUUUGAAUUGGUGGACAAGGGGGAAUGUGUCCUGCACACACCUGCCUCCGGAAUUCCCGAGUGUUAUCGGGCCAUGUUUGGCGGCCAGGUCUGCAGUGGAUCUUCCACCUGCAGGCUGCAAAGCCGUUGAAAGCGCAGAAC